AUGGCCUCACAGCUGACCAAGUCUUCUAAAGACACUUCGUUGUGCUAUCUGCCGAAACGGCCUCCCGUUGAUAUUGAGUUCCAGGAUUUGACGUACACAGUGCCACUGGGAAGGAAAGGUUCCAAACUGAUUUUGAGAAGUGUCAAUGGUGAAUUCAAAUCUGGUCAGUUACACGCCAUCUUAGGACCUUCAGGAGCAGGCAAAAGCACUUUAUUGAAUAUUUUGGCUGGUUACAAAUGCCGAGACGCAACAGGUUCAAUCCUCAUAAAUGGAAAGCAAAGGAAUCUCAAACAUUUUUUGAAGAUGUCUCGGUAUAUUAUGCAAGAAGACGUGAUCCAACCGAUGUUGACAGUCGAAGAAGCUAUGCUUGUGGCGGCGAAUUUGAAGUUGGAAAAAUAUAUGCCGGAAGCUGAGAAAUUGAAAGUGAUCGAUGAAAUUCUGGAUCUCCUGAGGUUGACACGAACGAAAAAGACACAAACCAAUGCACUGUCUGGUGGAGAACGAAAAAGAUUGUCCAUAGCUCUGGAAUUGAUAAACAACCCACCAGUUCUAUUUCUGGAUGAACCCACGACGGGCCUAGACGAUUUAUCCUGCUCCCAGUGCAUAGCUUUACUGAAGAAAAUUGCCGAGGGUGGUAGGACAGUCAUCUGUUCUAUCCACACGCCUAGUGCUAAGCUGUUUUCCGUGUUCGACAACGUUUACAUCAUAUCCUCGGGGCAAUGUGUCUAUCAAGGCUACGGACCGGAGGUAGUGCCUUAUUUGUCUGGGAUAGGGAUCGAAUGUCCAAAACAUUACAAUCCAGCGGAUUUCGUGAUGGAACUCUGCUGUAAUGAGUACGGAGAUCAUCAAGAUCGUUUGGUGUCUGUGAUAGAUAAUGGAAAAAAUAUUUACAGCCAGAAAACAAAAGUUGAAAGUUUUUAUGAAGAAGUGGAUUUGGGUUCUAGUAUAGCAUCAAUUAGGGAAGAUAAGCCAGUAGAAACUAGUACAAUAAAGAAUAUAGAAUAUCAGACUAGCUGGAUUAGGCAAUUUCACAUAUUGAUAAUGAGGAUGUGGUUACAAAUGUGGAGAGACAAGUGUUAUCUUCUACUACGGGUGAUCAUUUACAUUGUCGUCGGAGCCAUGGUAGGAACAAUUUAUCUGGAUAUGGGACAAGAUGCUUCGAAAACGAUAUUUAAUUUCGGAUUCUAUUUCUGUUGCCUCAUCUUCUUCAUGUAUAUUCCUAUGAUGCCAGUUCUGCUGCAAUUUCCAAAGGAGAUUCAGCUGGUGAAGCGGGAGCACUUCAAUAAGUGGUACAGACUUAGCGCCUAUUUUUCAGCCCUGACAGUGUCUACCAUCCCCAUACAGUUAACACUCGGAUCAAUCUACGUGUUCCUCGUAUAUUUCCUCACUAGUCAGCCAAUGGAAAUCGAGAGACUGUUGAUGUUUUUUGUUGUUUGUAUCAUGACGGGUGUCAUAUCGGAAAGCUUGGGGCUGAUGAUUGGUUCCUUGUUGAAUAUUGUGAACGCCAUGUUCGUCGGACCAGUCGCUGCAGUCCCUUUCAUGCUGCUGGCAGUCUAUGGCUUCGGGUCCGGCUACGACACCAUCCCCACGCUCAUCAAAAUCGCCAUGUACUUCAGCUACCUGCGCUACUCCCUGGAAGCUCUCAUUCACGCCAUGCUGAAGGACAGAGAGAAACUGAAAUGCCCCGAAACCGAAGAGUACUGCCUCUACAACGACCUGGACUACUUUGUCAGAGAGAUGGGAAUGGGCAACAUUGUUUAUUGGCACAACAUCCUCGUGUUGGUCUUCAUAUUCUUGUUGUUCAGAGGAGGAAGUUAUUAUUUGUUGCGGCAGCGGCUGAUGCCUAAUAAGACCUCGUUGGCGAUACAGUACAUAGGCAGGUUCGUCAAGUCCCAUAUGGGUUUGACGAGGUGAUAUUCUUGGAAUACUCCAAUUGUUUCAUCAAAACAUGUAGAACCUAUAUUAUAUCUCUGA